AUGUGCCGCUGCCCAUAUAUUUACCUGGGCCUCAUCCUUAUUCUCAUAUUGGCCCCUAUGGCAACAACCAAGAAAUGCUACCAUUGUGAUGUGACAGUAGCUUAUCAUUGUGUGGGUAUCCCUAUGAUUUGUGAAGACGAAGAAGACUGCUAUGUUGGGCGUGGUACAGCUAAAGGUUUCCCUGGAAUUAUUAAAAAAGGUUGUAUACAAGCUGUCUCUUGCACCUGGCCCCAGUCUAUUACCUUCCAGGAUGUAACCUACAAUCUGACCACCUACUGCUGCCAAGAGGAACUGUGUAAUAUCAUCCAGCCUCGUCGAUCCCCAAAUCCACCAGAUGCCGUUACUGCUAUUGCUGUGGCUGCUGGACUUCUCUUGGCAUUUCUUCUCUGUUGGCUGCUGUGA